GGGAGGCGGUGCGGGGAGCCGGCGUCCUCCAGCCGGAGCUCGGCUUCUGGCGACCGCUCGCCUGCGCGGGUGACGGCGGCGUGCGGGCUGGAAAGGACAGGGAGCGCUGUCCUCCGCUCCGCGGCUGCCAGGCGGACGGUGAAAGCCUCGGGUGGCUGUGGGCGCCGCCCGGGAGCUAGUGCUGGGCGAGCGCGGCGCCCACGCGCGGUGGGGUGGGCUCCGAGCUCCCGGGGACCGGGCGGGGCGGGGCGCAUCCUGCAAAGUUGACCCAGGGUGAGCUACCGCUGGCGCCCUGCUGCCCUAGAUUCGUCCAGUUCUUCCCGCGGAGCCAGGCGUGGACAUCGCUGCCCCGCUGACACCCAAGGGACCCGGAGAAGCCAGCGGGCGUCGGCGGGAGCCCGUGCAGCGAGAGAUGGAGGCUGAGAGAGGGGACUCGCGGGCCCGCGCCCUGUAGCCCGCGGGCCCCGGGGCUGGACCUUGUCCGGACGCUGUGGGGGGCGCGUGAGCAGGGCCCUUCCCCGGGCUGCCAUGGAAGUGCCCAAUGUCAAGGACUUUCAGUGGAAGCGCCUUGCUCCACUGCCUAGCCGCCGGGUCUAUUGCUCACUGCUGGAGACUGGGGGGCAGGUCUAUGCCAUCGGGGGAUGUGAUGACAAUGGCGUCCCUAUGGACUGCUUUGAGGUCUACUCUCCCGAGGCCGACCAGUGGACCUCCCUGCCCUCCUUACCCACAGCCCGGGCCGGGGUAGCGAUCACUGCCCUAGGAAAGCGGAUUAUGGUGAUCGGGGGUGUGGGCACCAAUCAACUGCCCGUGAAGGUCGUGGAAAUGUACAACAUCGAUGAGGGCAAGUGGAAGAAGAGAAGCGUCCUGCGCGAGGCUGCCAUGGGCAUUUCUGUCACAGCCAAAGAUUACCGAGUGUAUGCCGCAGGAGGGAUGGGCCUGGACCUACGUCCACACAACUACUUGCAACACUAUGACAUGCUGAAGGACAUGUGGGUGUCACUAGCUCCUAUGCCCACCCCAAGAUACGCUGCCACCUCCUUCCUACGGGGCUCCAAGAUCUAUGUGCUGGGGGGACGACAAUCUAAGUAUGCAGUCAAUGCCUUCGAGGUCUUUGAUAUAGAGUCUCGGUCCUGGACCAAGUUCCCCAAUAUUCCCUGUAAGCGGGCCUUCUCCAGCUUUGUGACCCUGGACAAUCACUUGUACAGCCUGGGAGGCCUGCGGCAGGGCCGUCUGUACCGGCAGCCCAAGUUCCUCCGGACAAUGGAUGUGUUCGACAUGGAACAGGGGGGAUGGCUGAAGAUGGAACGCUCAUUCUUCCUCAAGAAACGCCGGGCAGACUUUGUGGCUGGCGGCCUGAGUGGAAGGGUCAUAGUGGCUGGGGGCCUGGGAAACCAGCCCACUGUCCUGGAGACAGCAGAAGCAUUCCACCCUGAGAAGAACAAGUGGGAGGCGCUUCCCCCCAUGCCUACACCCCGCUGUGCCUGCUCCAGCAUUGUCUUCAAGAACUGCCUCCUGGCUGUGGGGGGUGUCAGCCAGGGACUGAGCGAUGCAGUAGAGGCAUUGUUUGUCUCUGACUCCUAGCCGGCCGAGCAGCAGCGCUUUUGCCUGGACAGCAUCACUCCAGUCCUGACGUGAGGAAUGAUCUCAUCAAAGCAGUUUGGACUACUUCCUCAGGCUUCUACUCCUGUGAAGAGACAGUGAGGUCAAGCCCUGGGGCUCUCAGUGACCUCUCUCUAACCCUGCACUCUCAGAAAGCAGAGCUGACGCCGCCAGUCGGUCAGUGCUGGGCGGUGGACCAGGGAGAAGCCUCACUCAGUGCUCAGACACAGCAGGGCAAAGCUCCCUCCUCUCACCUACCUCCUGAGGUGGAGGGCAGUUGCCACCCAGAGGGAGAUCCUUGUUGUCCUUCUCCAUCUCUGAGGUAGUUUGAGUGUCAUGAGAGAUAGACUGAUGAAGAACAGGGCACCCCAGCCCCUUGUUUCUCUUUGGUUGACAUCCAUUCCCCAUAUAGAAGUCAACUGUGGACCUGCCCCAGAUCUCACCUACUUAUCAGGAAUUGCACUUGAAGCUAGGGCAGUUGUGUAGGAAGGAAGCUGGGGGCUCACACACCAGGCCAACAGCUUUGGCAGAAGGGACUCUUUCUCUCAGGUCCCUGUUGGGCAUGUGAUGAUGGAGUGUCAAUAUCUUCUGUAUUCUGCCUUCUGUCACCUUCUCCUGACCUGAGGGCCUGGUCACUCUGUGUCCCAACAACUCUCAGAGUGUUUCUGCGUGAAACCAUCUCAUUUACAUACACUGUGGCUUCCAAAUCCACAAAGGGUGGAUUAAUUGCACUCUGGUUAAUAACAGCAGCACAACAAUUGGCAUCUU